CUCUCGUCCACCAUCCCCGAUUCUCGCCCUCAGCCCUUCAGCAUUGGUCAAUCCUAUCUUCGACAGCCGCGGAUCUGCCUCUUGCAGCAAAAAAAAAGGGCCCUGUCACAACUCUGGUGACUGCGACCGCCCGCCCCUCUGAUGCAGGUCCGAUCCUUGCGCCCUCUCCUCAGCUCGCCGUGUCGGAUGAUCAGGUGUGUCGGCACGGAUACGAUCCGCAUGCUAGAUUCUUUCCAGAGGUAAGGCAUCUGUUGAACCUGCAUUAUCUAGAUCAAGCUGUGGCAGCGCGAUCGAGUUCGCGCUGCUCCACGGAGCCGUGCUUUGCCGUCCCUCUUGUGCUACGCCCUGGGACUGUCUCCGCUAUGAAGCCGGCGACUGCCGUGACAAGACAACAGGCGGACUCUUUCAGCCUUAAGCCUAUGGCUGUCGACCCGUACAGUGUUGUUGAUGACCUUACCUCGAACGGCUCGAGCCAACGAGAGAGUCUGAGUCCGUCCGCGGGCGACGUGCGCGUGGUUCAAGAGGUUGGUAUGGACGGGACGGAGCAUCCAUUUUUAGACGGGCGGGACUGGCCGGCAACAUCCUCUCACAGCAUACAUUUCGACAAGACAUUGUCUGCGCAAAGCGUACAGAAUGGCAUGGACGCCGAUUAUGGCUGGGACUCUUUUCUGCAGUGGACGCCAGGACAUGGUCAGCCUUCGGGCGAACUCGCUACAACAAGCAACGCACCGUCGCUUUAUGAUCGGACAGUGGGAUCGAUAGACGAACAGCCUACCCACAAGUUAGGCGCCGUUGGAGCCGCAAUGUCAACGCCUGGCUCCUCGAAUACACCCCUUGCGUUCGGGCAGGCCAUGAGCGUCGCUCCUGGAUUUGACUUCACAAGUCCUCCAUCGAUGAUUUCCCCCCUAGACAAACAGAACUUCACUUUCAAUGGGCACAACACCGCUUCGUCUCAAUCGCUCAACGAUCCCAGCAGACCUUUAGUCACCUCCGCUUUCUCGCACGGUGGACAAGUCGCAACCACAAUGCCUAUGCAUGCCCCGCCGUCGAAUGGGAGCUUGCAGCAAAGUCCCAGCUCGAACAACGCAAGGGCAGGCUCGUCCGACUCUCCGCCGUCUUCGUCAGAGCCUGACCAUAGAACGCGAAACAUGAAGAAGCGCAAACCCGAUGAUGACGACGAACCGAGCGGCGAGAAGGGCGGGCCGCCGAAGAAGACUGCGCAUAACAUGAUUGAGAAGCGCUACCGCACGAACCUGAAUGACAAAAUUGCCGCUCUUCGCGACAGCGUGCCUAGUCUACGAGUCAUGUCCCGAGCAAACGCUGCCGACGAUGACGAGGAAGAGGUUGAUCUUGAAGGCCUGGCUCCUGCGCACAAGCUGAACAAGGCUACGGUCCUUUCCAAAGCUACGGAGUACAUCCGACAUCUUGAGAAGCGGAACAAGAAGCUGCAAGACGAGCUUUCGGCGCUCAAGAAGCAGCUGGAAUCGUAUGAAAAGAUGUCCAUGACCUCGUUUGCCUACUCCGGGAACGUGGCGACGCCAGAAGGCGCAUCCUAUGAGCAAAAUCCAUUCGAACAAGUCUCAUCCCGAGUUAGUGGGCCAAACCCGGUGCGAGGGAUGAUCCCAAUACCUCAAGAGCUUCGGCAAAUGCGGGAAUCGACCGUACAUGGGCAGCCGUAUGUGACGUCCUCAGCGUCUUAUCCGGUCUUCUCGUCAGCAGGACAACAGCAACAAGCUCCGGGCCGUCCCGUUGUCAAUGGACGCGGCUCAAACUUCGUGAAUAAGAUGAUGGUCGGGUCCCUGGCUGGUCUAAUGCUGUUUGAGGGCUUUGUGGAGCGCGAGAAAUCCGGCGAAGAGCCAGAGGGUCGUGGACUCUUUGCCCUUCCAGUGUCUCUGCUGUCAAGCAUUGGUAGUCAUGUUUGGCCACAGGCAUUUCCAUUGGGCGCGUCAGCGUCUGACGCAAUAGCACUCCUCAAGGCCUGCCUCAUCUUCGGUGCUGUCGUAUACGUGCUUCUACCUCUGCUCGCUUUCGAAACGCGGCCCAAGAAAAAACCAGAAGCUGUGUCUUUGAACCAGGUGCCUGCGAUCGCGUCGCCUAUCGACGUCCGGCGGAAGGCAUGGUUGACGGCUAUUCAGACAGUGUGGGUGCCUCAGCAUCAGUUCGUGCUGGAAGCUGCAGCUCUGCUUCUGAAAACGCUCAAGUUGAGCACACGAAAGCUUAUCGGUUGGCAAGGCUAUGCCUUGAUCUGGAACGUCACAAAGGAGCAAGAGGCCGCCAGAGUCAAGGCAUGGGACAUUGCGCUUGACGCGCAACUUACUGGAGGCGACGCUGAGAUCAGCAUGAGCCGUUUGGUCCUGACCUUGCUCGCGUCGGGCACGUUACCCGACACCCCGGCUCGCCUCAUGCUCAAGGCUCUACACAUCCGUGUCCUGCUCUGGGAAGUUGCAAAGGCAGGCUACGGAACCUGGUUCAUGUUCGAUGAGCUGAGCCUAAAACUGGCAAGGAGAUACUGGAAUCAGGCGCGGCUUGAGAACAAGAUGAUCAAGAACAACAUGAAACAACGGCAGGAGGACGACCAAAACGACCGACAGGAGCUGCCGGCGCACCUGGAAGCAUUGCUCAGUCUAGAAUGUGACACUGUUCUUGUCAAGCCGGUCGUUCAAAGAGCUUACAAUCUGGCGUGGAACCGUCCAAGCUCCGAGAACACACAGUCAGACGUGAGCACAGACAGCGUGGUCAAUGACUUUGCUAUCUCAUCUCCCCUCGAUGCACUAGCCGCGUGGUUUUCCAGCUUGCUCACCAACUUCGCGCUCGAGCAGUCACUGCUCAAACAGACCAGGUCUGUUUUGGAAUCUGUGGACGCAGCCACUGCGAUCGCGCCGCCUAUGUCGGCUGUUCAUGUGCGUGCUCUCGCAGCGAAGGCUGUUCUGGCCAAGAAGGAUCGCCUCCAUCUAGUCGAUGCCGCAUACAAGGCUCUGCCCAAGCCAGCUUCAGUAGCUACCUUAUCCGACUCGAAGAGUUCCCUCAACUCACAACCACCACUCCUGAUCGUUCCAAACACACCAGCUUCAUCAGAUGUGCCAGAAGCACUGGGAUUGGCCAAGUGUCUCGGCCUAGUCGAGGCCAAGGUUGGAGAUAGCAAGGAAAUUGCUGGCCUCUCCGACAGGGCAGUUUCGGCUUUGCUGAUGUAUCGACCUACGGAGACGAGUUUUUCGAUCUUGUCAUUCGCUGCAGCGUAUCAAGUGCUAGACCACUUCUCUGCUGACCCAGAGCUCAGGCUGAAGACCAGGCCUGCCCUUGAACGAAUGGCCAAUGCCAUGCGCGUUUGGAUCGGCAAGGAAUCUGGCAAACCUGCCGUCGCCGCACUCAGCCUUAAAACACGGACGAUUGUUGUAGAUCGAUGCAUUCAAGCGUCAAAGAUGUUGUCAGGUGUUUGCACAAAUGACGACAAUAGCGAAGAAGAAAGCGAUGCAGGCUACGGCAGUCUGGAGGAAGGGAAAGAAAAGAGCUAAUUUUCUCCAUUUUAGGAGAACGUCUUUUUUCCCGGGCAGCCUUCGUAGGGGAUAUUUUCUCAAAAAAGUUUUCAGACACAUUUUUAUUAGAUAUGGUUACGAACUUGUGAACCACUGGUACCAACAUACUGACGUUGUUUUUUCGUACCAGCAAUGGACAUUCUGUAAUGAGAUACCAAGCCGGAUUGGUGGCGGCCAUGUAUAUAUCGGUUUAUGAUAUGAUCGGAAAGUAGUACGAAUACACUCUCCACCUCCA